CGCCAUUUCUCUCUGCAGUCGUACCUCGCGCGGCCACCUCGCGACAUGCAAUAACCGAGUCCAUUACAUAAGCCCAGUCCACAAACAAUCACCAACAUCAUCAGUGAUCAGUGUUACAUUACUAAAUAACAUUACAACUAACCAACUGAGUGACAGUGUUAUUGUUAUAGUGUGACAACCGACGCUUCUCGCAACCAGACGCAAGAAAUGAAACGCAGAAGGAGUCACAGCUCGGGCGUCGCGUGACGUGUUGACUAGCAAUGCCCUCCGACGUCGCCACCAUGCGCUACAUACUCUUCUGUCUCCUCUCACUAUCCUUCAACAGAAACUUCGCAUUCGUUCUCGACAAACAAAACCCGUACUCCCAAUUUCGCAAAUGGAACGCCGGCCUGAAUGGCACAUUGGAAUUAGAAUUCAAAACUGACCAGCCCAACGGUCUACUUUUGUAUACGGACGACGGUGGCACUUAUGAUUUUUUUGAACUGAAACUUGUUAAUGGAGCGUUGCGGUUAAGGUAUAAUCUGGGUGGUGGUGCCCAGAUUAUCACUGUGGGCAGCAACCUCAACGAUGGACACUGGCAUAAAGUUCAGGUGGCGCGACGCGACGAGCACACGUCGUUAACUGUGGAUGGCAUUACGCAAAGUAAGACGUCGCGAGGCAAAGAGUUUGCGUUCGGGAAGUUCAAUUCAAACUCGGAUGUGUUCGUCGGAGGGAUCCCGCCAUCGUACAAUUCAAAACUGACGACGCUAGCGUUACCUUCAGUGAUAUUUGAGCCUAAGUUCCGCGGGUCUGUUCGGAAUCUGGUGUACUCUGACCUACCUGGACAGCCACCUCGGAGACAGGAGUUGAGGCAUUCGAGAGAUUUAAAGACGCCUCGGAUCAGCAAUGCGAGUGGGGAUGCGUGUGAACGCCGCGAUCCAUGCCAACAUGGCGGCGUGUGCAUCAGCACUGAUGAUGGACCGAUCUGCGAGUGUCGCGAUGGAGACUAUGAAGGGGCGUUCUGCGAACGAGAUAAAGCGCCGUCCGAGGCAACGUUUCGCGGCGCAGAGUUCCUAUCAUACGACUUGACGCAAACUGGAGGGGAGCCCAUAGUCAGUACACAAGAUGCCAUCUCCCUCUACUUUAAGACCAGGCAGCCUAAUGGACUGCUCUUUUACACUGGUCAUGAGGCUGAUUACCUCAAUCUGGCUGUGCGGGAUGGUGGAGUGUCGCUUACUAUGGGGCUCGGGAAUGGCAAACAGGAGAUGCACAUUAAACCGGCUAAGACGAGGUUCGAUGACCACCAGUGGCACAAGCUGACUGUGCAUCGGAGGAUACAGGAGAUCACGCCGUUUACGAGUUUCUGCAGGGUAUCAGCAGUAGUAGACGAUGUCUACUCGGACCACUCGCACGUGGCUGGUUCCUUCACCAUGCUGGCUUCAUCCAGGGCUCACGUUGGAGGGUCCCUCAACGCCAGGGCUCUCCCUGGAGCGAGGGUCCAUACCAACUUUAUUGGAUGUCUGAAGAAGGUGGAAUUCUCAGCGGACACUCUCCGCCUGAACCUCAUCGACCUGGCGCGCACUGGCAGCAAGCUGAUCACCGUCACCGGGCGCCUGGAGUACGCCUGCACAGCCACUGACUCUGCUGAUCCUGUUACCUUCACCACCAGGGAUGCGCAUUUGAUUUUGCCGAAAUGGGAAGCGGUGAAGACGGGGACGAUAUCUUUCAAGUUUCGUACGAACGAACCGAACGGACUGGUUCUCUUCAAUAUGGGCGCCAAGCCACCAAGGGUAGGUUGCACGGCUGAUCUCUUCGCUGUGGAAAUUCUCAACGGUUACAUAUACGUGCACAUUGAUCUUGGGUCUGGUGGAGUGAGGGUCAGGGCAUCCAGGAGAAGAGUUGAUGACUCCCAUUGGCAUGACUUCCUUCUCAGGAGAAGUGGUAGAGAUGGAAGAGUUACGGUGGAUGGAGCUAAUGCUGAAUUUAAAACACCUGGAGAAUCAAACCAGUUGGAACUGGAUGGACCGCUAUAUGUCGGUGGACUUGGUUCGGAGUACUCAGCAUCCAGAACGCCACCAGCGUUGUGGACAGCAGCUUUGAGGCAAGGGUUCGUGGGCUGCAUUCGUGACCUGGUGCUGAACGGAAAGCCUCAGGAUUUGACUGCUUAUGCCCGGCAACAAGAUUCUGCAUCAGUCCGACCAGCAUGCCAUGUCCUGAUGAAGCAAUGCGUCAGCUCACCAUGCCAGCAUGGAGCUCCCUGUUCCGAGGGCUGGAACCGACCGCUGUGUGAUUGUUCCAUGACUAGCUAUGGAGGACCUACUUGUGGACGAGAAACACCAACUAUCUACCUGAACGGCAGCCAACACCUCACAGCGGCGUUAGGUCCUGAACAUAUAACGCAAACUGAGGAACUAUUGCUUCGGUUCCGCACCAGCAGAGCUGGUCUCCUACUCCGGACGGCUUCUGAACAUUCUGCUGAUAGGAUCGAGCUCGCUGUGGCUGCUGGGAGAGUCAGAGCCAGUGUCAGACUUGGGGAUAGGGAAAAGAACCUUCUAGCAGGGACAAACGUAGCGGAUGACACAUGGCAUACGGUGAGGUUUUCCCGUCGCGCCUCCAACCUCAAGCUCCAGGUGGAUGGAGCGCAGCCCGUGCGCGGUAUGUUAUCUGAGACGAUUUUAGGAAAAGCGUCAACGUUAGAGAUAUCGACAUUACAUUUAGGAGGACUUUUCCACCCUGAAGAAGAAAUUCAGAUGACGUCGACUCUGCCAAACUUUGUUGGCUAUCUGCAGAAGUUUGUAUUUAACGGUAUCAGAUACAUUGACAUGGCGAAAACGCUUGGAGUUGGUACCAAUGAAGAGACUAACAAUAUCUAUGAUACGUCGAAUUUAAUUUUCACUGGCAAGUUCGUGAAGCCUGAUUCGCUGAAUGUGUACAAGUCCGUUACAUUCAAAUCUAAGCAUACAUACGUUGGGUUGCCACUGUUGAAGGCAUAUGCGAAUACUUAUUUGGACUUUUACUUCCGAACAACGGAGAUGGAUGGUUUGCUUUUCUACAAUGGAGGCAAGAAGCAAGAUUUCAUUGCGGUCGAGUUGGUAAAUGGCCAUAUACAUUGUGUAUUCAACCUGGGUGAUGGAGUAGUGACGAUGAAAGAUAAGUUGAAGAACUUCUUGAAUGAUAACCGAUGGCAUACGGUGUCAGUGCGACGACCAACGCCAAAGAUUCAUACGCUGCAGGUUGAUGAUGACUUAGAAAUGCAUACAACAAGUUCGAACUUAAUGCUGGAACUAGAUAGCGUGCUAUACGUGGGUGGAGUACCAAAAGAUAUGUACACAGCUUUGCCAGUGGGAGUACUGUCUAGACAAGGGUUUGAAGGAUGCAUGUCUAGUCUUGAUUUACCUGGAGAGUCACCAUCGCUGAUGGAAGACGCUGUGGUUCCUAGUUCUUCUUUAGGGUCAGGAUGUGAAGGUCCAACGAAGUGUACUCACAAUGCGUGUGCGAAUAAAGGCGUUUGUGUGCAGCAAUGGAAUACAUACGUUUGCGAUUGUGACUUGACAUCGUUUACUGGACCCACGUGUUACGAUGAAUCCGUAGCAUACGAAUUCGGUCCAGGCCGAGGUAUCAUCACCUACACGUUCCCAACUGACUCUGUAGCAGACACGGAGACUGACAAGGUAGCUCUAGGCUUCGUCACCAGCAAGGCUGAUGCUGUACUGCUGAGGAUCGAGUCUUCGAACACACAGGAUUACAUGCAGAUGGAGAUUAUACGAGGAAAUCUCUUCAUGGUGUACAACGUCGGUGGUGGAGACCAUCCAUUGGGCGAUGAGACUGCCAGGGUCGAUGAUGGAGCGUACCACGUGGCUCGCUUCACAAGGAACGGUAGCAGAGCUUCAUUGCAACUGGAUAACUAUGCUGUCAUCAUUAGACAUCCUCAAGGUGGUCAACAAUCAACUAUAUUCAACGGCAUGUCAACGAUCGCCGUGGGUGGCGGUGCUGGCGGCGCUCGCAGCUUCAGCGGAGUGAUCGCGGGGGCCGUCGUCGAUGGAGUCCGGCUGUUGGACCUGGCCGCUGCAGGGGACCCCGCCGUCUCUGUACGGGGAGACGCUAGGAGAGCUCACACACCACUUGAUAGAGAUAUCAAUCGGAUGCAGCAAACACCACCAUCAGGGUACGGUGGUCCAGGAGUACUAGACGAGCUGGUGUAUUCUGGAGCUGGCUCCGGCUGUAGAGAUGAUGAUGAAGACGCCUGCGUGCUACCUGAUGCAGGGUCUGGAGACGAUCUCAUCACCCCUGUGUAUGUUCCUUCUACCAGGCGACCACCGUCAAGGUUACAUAAGGGUGACACAAGCGGAAAGUUGAUGAAACCGUGUGACGAUGAAGAUUGUAUUGAAGGGUCCGGCUCCAGCGUUGACGAAAUCACGGAACCAGAUCAUCCGAUGACUACGUCAGGUGCAAGCAGCACCCACAGUAUGACGUCACCGACAGCCAUUAUAGUGUCCACGGAACACGUGGACAAAUCUCUGGAAGGGUCCACGGACGGGUCCACUGGGUCCAGUGAGACUACCAAGGGCAGUACAGUUGGUCAGCCGACGUUACCUGACCAUGAUAACAUGCACGCUGGUACUGUGGAUACUGCUACCCCACCUGAGAGAAGAACGACACCUACUGAUGAACACUCACACACUCGCACAAGUUACCACUUCACACCUACACUAACAGGCAAACACAUACCAGACGAACCAACUCACACUACAGAGGAAGACACCAAUCACAUACCAGAAUAUGAAGACCGGCGCGAGAACGAGAUAGAAGCACGGACGCCUACUUAUGAGACCGAGAGUGAGCAGGAUAGAAUACCAGGGAGGGUUCAUCCAGAAUACAAUGGGUAUGACGUAACACCGAAGUGGUAUCACCCGAAAACAACUGACAAUCGGGUUGUACCACCAGAGUCGGAGUUUUUCGCGACUAUUGUUGGUAUUGUGGCGUCGGUGCUGAUAGCAAUAAUAUUGAUAGUGAUCAUAGUGCUCAAGUACAUCGUGUUUAAGUUCGACCCCUCGUACAAGGUGACAGAGGAUAAGAACUACCAGCAAGGAGCCAGUGCGGCACUUUUGGGCAAUCAGGCUCACUCAAGCUACCAGAGUGGAGCAUCGAGUGCUCCGACCGGGGGCGCAGUGAGGAACCUGCAGCCUCUGCCCCUGAACAGGAACGGCACGGCGCCCACCGCCCCGCUGGCGCCCAUACCCACGCAGCCGGUCAAACGAGACGGCAUCAAAGAGUGGUACGUGUAAACCCACGAGUGAAAGGGACAACUAUACUUUUGUGUGUGUCGGACAUAUCAAGAACAUAGUGAGUGGUUGUUAGACGCUUCGAAUCGAACCUCGCCGGAACAUUGGGCGUUAAUGCUUUAAGAAUAAGACAUAAUGACUGAUACGCAAGUGUUUUAGUAUUUUGUAAAUAUUAAUUAAUAAUGUUUAUAGAUGGGUCACUUGUGUGUACGGACGCGAUUGUGUUGGCUUGUGCUUACUAGACUUUAAUCAGAUUCGAAAUUUCUAGAACAUUGGCAUCUUGUGCUACCUCUGUUACCAUAUAUGUCAUGUUCUAUCGAAUCUUUUUUCUGUCUAGUGUGUCAUAAGUCUUGAUAGAAAAACCUAGAGAAUAUGGAAUUGCAUUUUACUAUUGUAUAGUUAGUUUGAUUUGUUUUUGUUACUGAUGUUUUAUUGUUAAACCUUAGCUUUUCUGACCUGUACAUUGCUAUUAUUCAUGUAUUUGCGACUUAACUUUUCUAUCUACAUUGCCUUUAAUAGUUUAAAUUAAACUAAGACUAUUGUAUAUCGAUUGUAGAUAUUGAAUUGUUGAUUAUGGUGUCAUCAUUGGGUAAAUAAAUAUCCGAUUCUUUCUUCUUCUCUUAAAAAUACUUCUUUGGGUUUUCUUCUUGAAAAUACUUUCUCUUCUUCUUCUCUCUGAAAUUUAUUCAAUGAUGGUGUCCUAUAAAACUUUAAUAUCUACAACUGCGUAAGACAUAAGAUGAAAAUGCUAUAUUUGGAGCUGCCAUCACGAAAUUGAAGCAUAUCGUUCAAUUGAAGACUACAGUACUUUUACGAUUCUCAAUAAUCUUUCCUAUAUAUAUUAGAUGUUAUACAAUAUUUUUAAAUAGGCGGGGCGUGGCGAGUAGUAUAGAAAAUGGAAUCAUAAUCAUCAGAGUUUAAGAUCAAAAUUCGCUUGGAGGUAGAAAUGAAAACAGGUAUAUUAUUGUAGGAUGCGUAACAAGUAUGAGCUUGUAGAUUUGGUAUGGAAUAUAGAUGUUCUGAGUUGUAACAUAUCCUCCAUUUAUAGUAUUCUGUAUUUGUUUUGGGACACCUUUGUAUUGAUCACCAAUGAGUCUUUAUUAAAACCUAUUGUAAAAGUGUUUCUAACUUGCAACCAUUUGUCAAUCAAAUCAUUGGUGAUUGAAUCCUUCUCUUCUUCUUCCUUAAUAAUUUAUUUGCUCAAGUUACCCUCAAUUAAUUUGAUCUCAGGCCUAAUUGACUUAUAGUGAGAAAGUUAAUUAAAUUAUAAAAAUAUUCAGUCAAUUUAUUCUCAAAUUAAUUCAUAUAAUGAUGAGAAAUACAUAAGUAAUUGUUAAAUGGAAUGUUUACAAACGUUAUUGGUGAAAGAAUGGAAAGAUAAUGGAUUUUACGAAAGCGUUCGAUACACUUUAGCAGGAGUCUGUGGAUGUGGAAGACCUAAUGUGCUCAUUUACAUUGAAUAUAAUAAAUCAUCAAAUCCAUAAAAAGAUAACAAAAGCUUUAUACGCGAUAAAAUAGGUAAUAAAUGCAAUACAACAAGCAAUAAGUAUUGGAGUGCCACAAGGACCCGACAUUGGCCCAAUACUAUUCUUCCAACACAAUGGGCACUUUAAGUAAAAUAAAACUAUAAGAACAAAAUUAAACAAAGUCUAUUUAAUUGGCAAUGUUUCUUCAGUAAUUUUAAGCUGCCUUCAGACUUUUCUGACUCUCCUGAAAAUAUUGCAUGCAAAUUUCCUCUUGAAAAAUAACUUUAAAAAAAGCUGCUUAUAUUUUUACAUCUAGUGUGUAUUUGUACAUCCACCGUCCCGAUUUCCUCUUUCCGACUUAUAAAACUUGAAUUAGCUUUAAAAUAAGACGAAAAAAAUAACAUAUUUAUAUAGAUUGUUAUAAAGCACAGGUUUUAGGUAUUCGAAGUUGCAUUUAAAGUAAUGUUUGAGUGUUUGGAAUGAGGAUAUGCGAUUGUGACGGCAUCUAUAGCACUUGUAACUAAAUCAUCGUCAUUAUUUUCUUUCUAGAAGAAAAAUAGGAUAGAAUGACCAUAUCAGUACGGUUUUUUGAUUGUUUACUUUGUACGAUCUCUUUUGAUUCGGUGUUUAAUCGAAUGUACUAUCGCCUCCCUCCUGUCAUUGAGUAGGUGUCUACCAAUCGCAUAUGUUUGUUCUCUGCACACAAAUGCAGCAUUUAUUGUAAAUAGUUAUUCAAUAUAAUACUGUAAACUAUAAGCGAUACUGUACGGUGUAAUGUCACACUCGUUUUACGGCACAAAAUGUUAGUAAAAGGAAUAACAAUUUGUUUAUCUGUCAAUUUUAGUCGUAAUAUUUAGUGUGUUAAUCAUUUAUACCGUGACGUAAUUGUAUCGUAAUUUAUUAUGAGGUUUUCUAUAGACACAAAUAUGAAAAGAAGUGUAAAAGAUGAUAGUAUAUCUUCCAUAGAAAAAUAUAUGUAAGUAAAGGUCAGGUACCGUAACAGAAAGUAAAUAAAAAUACAAAACCAAUACAAGUUUUGAAAUUAAAAGCAUAGGUACAUAUAUAACCUCAAGUCUGUCUCCCAUGGGGGUAAAGAACGCCAAUGGAAAAGCACUUAAGUGACGCACACCUUGAAAAAGCGUUAGUAUAAUUAUAUUAUAGAGGAAUAAAAAUUGCAUUUAUUCAAGGAAAGAUUCUGGCGACUCACAGUAUUUAAAUCCACAGAACAAACUCUGAGAAUUUCGACUAGUAGACAAUUACGAUCGUGUCAGGUGAUUUUCAGAAUAACUUUCAUAAGUCAUAAUUGUGUCUAUAGAGAAACGAUGUAAAGUAUUUUUUGUUCGUUACACAAUGUUUAACUGAUGUUGUUACUCACGAUUCCGGUCGGACCAAUUUUAGUUUCAAUGUAAAAGCGACAGUUUUUAAAAAUAAUAAUAUAUUAUGUAAAUUACA